AUGGACACCCAUACGGGACAGUUCAUAGAGCAAGCCGACCCUCACGUCACUAUAUAUGCAACUUUAUCGCACACAUGGGAUAGCGAGGGUGAGCAGACCUACCGAGAGCUUCAAGAGAUCCAGCGGAUAUAUGAUCCCGGUGGCCAUCGUCUGUCCGCGAUCAACCCUACUCCCACUUCUAUGGUAUCCUUGGACGGCUUUCGGUACAUCUGGAUUGAUUCGUGCUGCAUCGAGAAGCAGAGCAGCUCGGAGCUUUCGGAGGCCAUCAACUCGAUGUACGCAUGGUAUCGCGACAGCAAGCUGUGUUACGCCUUCCUCGCAGACGUAUCUGCGUGCGGGACGACGGAAGAUUGGAAGACACAAUUCUCGCAAAGCAGAUGGUUCAGGCGAGGCUGGACACUUCAAGAGCUCAUCGCGCCGUCCGAAGUCGUGUUUCUGUCGCAGGAGUGGGAGCCUUUAGGAACGAAGCAUGACUUGGCCGAGGCGGUGGAGGAAAUCACUGGCAUAGACCAAGAUGUGCUGAAGCACGAGUUACCACUGGACUGUGUCAGUGUGGCGAAGAGGAUGUCAUGGGCGUCAGGGCGGGAGACAACACGCGUGGAGGACGAGGCGUACUCGCUCUUGGGCAUCUUCGACAUCAAUAUGACAAUGCUCUACGGAGAGGGCCGGCGCGCAUUCAGGAGGUUGCAGGAGGAAAUACUUCUUCGAAUACCGGACCAGACCCUCUUCGCUUGG